AUAUCAAUGAAAAGCUUCACAACUUUGCUUACCAUCCAUAAAUUUCAAUUGAUGGUACAACAUCGUCUAAUACGUCUAAAAUGUGAUUUCUAGUAUGAAAUUGAUGAUAGACUUGAAUGAGGAAUGGACAAGGACCAACGGCAGGAUCACUUUCACUUGAAACCGGCGAUUGAGACCGACUCGGAGUAAAACUCAUUGGAUUGAUGAAAAUGGACUUUUUAAAAGAAGAAAUUGAAAAAAAACGUCGGCAAUUAGAAGGUAAAAAUGAUAUUCCAGCAAAAAAAGCGUUUCGACGGGGAGAUUGGGAGAAGGAGAGAGAAAGGAAAUAUUUGGAAGAACAACGGGAAAUGGAACUGAAAAAAGAAGAGAAGAAACGGAAAUUAGAUGAAGAAAAAGAAAGUUACGAAAAAGAAAGACUUCAGUCUAUCUCAAAAAUCGCGAAAGUAGAUGAAGCAUUGAGUCCUUCUUCUCCAGUCGUAACAGGUACGGCUGAAAGUCCUAGAGUGAGUGAAUCCCAAAUUUCUACAAAGUCCACAUCUCCUUCUACUAGAGGUGAACACUCAGACCUCCCACAUUCAGAAGUCAUUCGCAAACUUCGAGAAAUGAAGGAGCCGAUCAAGCUAUUUGGCGAAUCGGAAGAAGCACUGGUAAAAAGAUUCUUCAAAAUUCAAAAAGAAAAACAAGUUGAGCAAUUAGAACAAGAUCUUUUGAGUAGAGGUGUUGAGCUCAUAGAGUAUCAACGUGCUAGUAUUGAGAAACCACGGAUUUCGAAGCAGGUAGUUACAUUUCUACGACGUGGAAUAUACGUGUGGGACAAAAUUUUAAUAUCAAAGCCUAUUACUGAGCAGAAUAAUCCUGAAGGACAGGGCCAAUUGAAAAUUUUCCGGCAAGCCAAACAAGACCUGGAGACCCUUAUACGACUACUUAUUGACGGCGCUUUGAAUGAUGAUAUAUUUUCCAAAAUUGCUGAAAUAUGCUACCGAUGCCAGCGUAAAGAAUUCGUGAAAGCAAACGACGUCUAUCUGCAACUUACAAUUGGAAAUGCACCAUGGCCCAUAGGUGUUACGAUGGUAGGCAUUCAUGAGCGUAGUGCUCACCAAAGGCUGAAAAGAGAUCCUAAUACAAAUAUCUUAAAGGAUGAGAAGAAACGAAAGUGUUUACAAGCUUUGAAGCGAUUUAUAACUUUUUCAGAACGGGAAGAUCCCGAUUGGUUUUCAGAAAAGGAUUCCAGCUGAAGCGUUAACGUAUAUGGAUGUAAAAUUCAAGAAAGAGAUAUUUGUUGGAACAAACUUUAUCUUCGUUGUUUUAAUAAUUUGAAUAUUUCAGCAGAUAUUGCACGAAUAUGGCUGGGAUGCUUGAACUGGGAAAGAAACUAGAAAACCAAAAAUAAGCAACCACCUCUUGUUUUAUUAUUAAAAAACGUGGUGAAAAGAAUAUAGAAGGUACAUUUCUCAUAAUUGGCUGAAAAAUAAUUGUCCAUAGUCUAAAUUUAUUGUAAAUGAAACAUGCUCAUUUGCUUCAUAUUAAUACCAAAUUUGGCACAAGCGAACGUUGUAGCUUUAAAAGACAAAACAUC